AUGUCGCUUCGCGUGACCGACCCAGACUUCGAGAGUGAACUCUCUGAAAAGGUCAAGGCAGCGGUGAAGGCAAAACUUGGGAUUAUUCAAUAUGAUCUCCCGCUGCCGCUCCUCGUCCUCGAUCCCGAUGAGAACGCGGAGAAGGAACUGCCAUGCCAUGAACCUGCCGAGGAGACAACCAUCAUCAGCGCCCACCUGUCGGCGCGCAUCCAUGCAUUUUAUGAGCAGAUUGCCGCCGCUUAUAACGGGAUCGAGGAUCUGUCAGCUGGGCUGGACUUGGAGGUCCAAAUCCAGCGUCAGAAGUUUGACCCAAAACCGCCAUUUUGUCAUCAUCGCAGGUACCACUCACGCCGCCUGCAGCUGCACGACCCCGAGACGCUGCCAGAUCUGCCCUUUAUAAGCAGCCUGUCCCUCAGCUCGUACGGCCACGGCUCCAACGCCGUAAACGCUACAGACAUGCGCCCUCUGUCUCCGCUCGUGCCGCUGCACUGCCUCGUCCACCUGCCGGCUGUCCAAGAGUGGAAAGCCAGCUGGUUGUGGGAGCGGGCCAUGCCCAUCCCACUUAUGAGUAGAGUGAUGCGCGAGUACUACACCUGGCCGUGGGAAGGCCCCCUGCGAGACGCCCGACACGAGUUCGGCGCGGCUAUCAUGGACCAGGAGAAGCACCUCUGCGGGAAAAGGAUCCCCGCUAGUCUGACCAAGGCCGCACUUCACUUCUGGCCCAUCUUUUCGCUCACCAGCCAUGACGAGUCCGUCGCGCGGCCAAACCUAAUCCAUCCUGCGGAGAAAGACCCGGUGUCUGUCGGCCUGCGCAAGCUCGGUUCGCAGCUGACCCUGUUCGACGUGCGUGCCAUGGUCACUCCAGACCUGUUCCCCAGUGCCAAGGCCUCAACCGGCCAGCAGUGGUCACAGAUGCGGCGAUUCCGGCUUGAGUUCCAUUCCCUCCGCCCAGACGGGCGGUGGUACUUUGUCGGCCCCGGCGGCGAGGAUCCGCACGACUCUGAACAAGGAGGGUACAAGAUCUCAGACACAGAACACUACCCCCGCGAAACCGACACGGACGAGGACGUGGAGGUCGACGCCGAGUACGACGACAACCCGGAUGAUGAGUAUGAUUACUAUCUAGACAUGUUCCGCAUCAAGCCCUGCAGGGACCGGAUCGAGCCCCUGCUUGCGGCAUUUGCGAAGUCUCUGACUCGCGACAAUAUGCCGAGCCUCGAGGACGCCGAGAUGUUCACGCACCUGCGGUGGGCCCCUUCAGAGGACAGAGAAUUGGAGGAAUAUAGUUUGCUGAUGAAAAAGGGCCACAGAUGGGGUGUCAAGUUCAUUGCUGGGCGUGAGAGUCGGCAACAGAAGGAUGGCGAUGCUGCGGCAGCGCCAACCCUACCGGUGGUGCAGUGGCAGGUCGGCGACUGGAGACCCAGCGAGGAGGUCAUGAGUUUAUUCGAAAACCUAGGACGACAGGAGUGGCUCGAUCUCGAGUGGGACAGGUAUAGAUCUAACAUCGGUCAAGACAUGCUAGGAAACUACUAG